UCCUGUUUUUUAGGGGGAUUUCCUACUAGUAGUUUCUUUUUGAGAUCUGUAGAAACCUUUAGUCUCUCCAAUUUGGUCAAAUGAAUGCAGAUUCAUAGAAACUUUCAAUGAAUUUAGGUUUCUUCGUAACAUUCAAUUAGGUCUUCGGCAGAUUGAAACUGAUCUACUGACGAAAAGCAGGCAGCAGACAACUCACUGAAAGUUGCAUAUAAUAAAGAACAAUCUUUCAUCCACAACAAACAGUUGAAUCAAGACAAAGUAAAUGGCGACACCCCCAAAAGUGCCGAUGGGCAAACACUUUCAAAAUGACCAGAGAAGGCACAAUGAAAACGAAGCAGAGUCGCAUUUAAAGAGAGGCAGUGUUAGAACUGAACAGACAGAAACAGAAGAAGAAGAUGCAGAAGAAUGUCCCGGCGCAGUUGGUGGACAAGGUUUAUCGCUACCACCACCGAGUAAUGUUGUUUCAAGAAGUAGACAACAUACAGGGUCUGCAAGAUCCCCAGUUGAUUCAUUUGGUCAGCCUCCAGGACGACUUAUGCCCCCUUUUGAUAUGCCGCCUCUGAAUAAUGGCCAAAUAGGAAUGAAUGAAGUAAAUCAUCUCGGCCUGCCAGAGCCAGCUGGUAUCAACAGAAAAUUCCUAAUAGAUUUGCAACGAUUUCCAGAACAUCUUCGGCGCCAGCAGAUUUUUAACCAUUGGCCUCAUCAACGAACAGUUAUGACAGAUGGAGCCACUUCCGAAGACCAACAAUAUCAGAUAGAGCAGAAAAAACAAAAGGCAAGGUUGAUCCUGACGCACGUAUCAGAUAAUAUUCGAUCACAGAUGAAUCUUAUAAUGGAUGAAAAAGUAAUCGAGAUGAUACUUGAAAGUCUUGAAGGGAUGUUUCAAUGAAAGAAGAAUUUAAAGACACGCAAAUGCCCAACUUGCAAGAAACACAAGCCAAAGUUGGUCAAUUGAUUCAAAGUUAAUCAUUACAUAAUGGUUAAAAAUGAAUAAAUAGACAAGUAUUUUUAAAAAUCCUUCAUGAGAUACAGUCACAUUUGUUUUCUGUUUUCUUGCGGAAACAUGAGGUUUGUGUAAUUAGUUUGAUUACCACCACUCAAGUGAAUUUCAUUUUGGAAUUUGAUACUUACUAGUACGUAAUCACAGUCUGUGAUGAAUGUCGUAUUAAGCAUAUACAUUCAAACAACUGAAAAAUUGUCAAAUUGUAAAUGAAAGUGUCAAAGUUAUAAAAUGCUGCUAAAUUUCAAUUAUAAUACAUGUAAACCAUUUUUGUUACCCAGAGUUCCAAGCAUGUCAGGCACACAAUGUUCAUAAACAUUGCGGAGAUAUAUUUUGAAAGGAAAGUUAUGUGUUCUUUAUAAAAAAUGCUAUGUAAAGUAUGCUUUGUAAAAGAUAAAAAUUAUAUUUUCAAACACGCAUACUUCUCUGUGCAUUUUCUGAACAGUAGGGUAUGCACAUUCUAUAGAACAAAAUAGUCUACGAGGUAUAAAUUUCCAAAUUACAUUUUACAUGAGUGGAGAUUAGCAAACAUAUUACAUGAACCUAAAAUAAAAACAAGUAAAAACUUAACUGUACAUUGUUUAGAUUUUAAGAAUAUUUAAUCUUAGACGAUUCGAAUUCCGAUACAACAAUAAUAUAAUCCACUUCGACGGUGUUUUGUUUGAUGAACACGGUAUCAAGUAGCUUUAGACCAAAUGUACAGACUUUGUGAUACGCACUUUUGUUUGAUUUUGUUAAGUGUCUGAAAUCUUGCUCAAUUUGAGAAUUCGUACUAUUCCUUUAUCACGUCCUAACACGUGUAUUAUUAACUUCUUUACCUGUUGUACUCAUUAAUUUGUAAGUAACUUUUUUUGAAAACUAUGUUUAAAUUGUAAUACUUUUAUCUCACAUGAUAAUGCCUUGAUCUCAUCUGGAAAUUACUGGUGCGUAUAUCUGAAAUCUCAUUUAUAUUCAAAAUAAAUUUAUAUAUAAUCAUGUUUUAAACACAAACUUAUCAGGAAAUAUGCCGUUUAAAGAACAACAAAUGUAACAGAAUGUAUUUGAUUCUAAUUAUGACAAAGUUUUAGUAAAUUCAAUUGCAGUUCACUUUAUACAUUAAUGGUUUAUUUUUACAGAUUUUGUUAUUAUACUAAUAUUACAGAAUAUUCGAAGGUAUGUCUGUUAAAAAUGUUUCAUUCAAUUACUUUGAGUAGAUGAUCGCUCUCUACAAGAUAGCUUACUAUAUCUGGACAUUUUAACUUAGCAAUAAGUAGCCAUGACUCAUUUUAGAUGAUUUCAUCUUUUACUGCUUCUUCGAAUGGUAAAGAGGGUUGCAUUAGAUAUAUCUUUUAUCUUCCUAAAUAUAUUAUGUAUAGGUGAAAACGAUUCAUUUCAGUUAUUAUUUUUUUUUAUUUCCUCUUUUAACGUGUUUGCUGCUAUUAGUUAUAAAAACUUGGUAAGUACAAAAGGGUAAUGUGACAGUAAAGGGUAAUAGAAAGUAACUUUUCUUCGAAUCUUUAUUGGAGAGCGCGGGAAGCCCUCACCUUAUCUAAUGGUAAUUGCAUACAAAAAGUAGAACAAAGGGUGAUUCAGUGAUUGAAAAAUGUAAAGAAAAAAAGAGCUAUUCCUUAUAUCAUACGGACAUAAUUUGAGGUAUGUUCAAUUCAAAUAAGAUGGACAACUCUAGUACACCAACUAAGGUAAUAUUGAUACUGUAUGUUUUGAAACCUUAUGGCGUAAAUCUUGCGGCUUGUUCUUUUUACUGACCUUCAGUCUAUAGAUCUUUCCAUAUAUUUCUACUUGGCAGCCUGUCAUAUACAUUGUCUUAGUCCAUAAUGUGAUUCGGUGACAGAUAAAAUGCAGUGCAGGAAAUAGACUGUAUAUUAUAUAAUUAUGUCAUUUCCAUUUGUUGUUGGGAGAUUAUCAAAAUUGUGUCAUAGAUAUACUUUAUUUCAUAUUUUUAUUUACUAUUUUACGUUGUAUCAAGUGCUUUCUUUUGUGUGUGUGUGUUUCUUGGGUAUUUUUGAUAUUUUUAUGGUUUUGUUUUAUUUUGCAAUAAUGUUUCUUUUUUUUUUCAAAAAUAGUUUAAAAGGAAUAAUUCUACGACAGUUCUAGAUAUGUACAUGUACGCUAUAUCAAGACACAAGUAUAUUCUUAUGCUUUUAGCAUUUUAGCAUCUGUUGGUUCGACGAUUGUUUCCUUUUUCGGGAAAACUUUGAUUACUUUCUUCAUUUCCUUCCAUGUACACAUAUAUUUUUAUUAUAUAUUGCUUAAUUUUUUUAUUUUUUUUUUCAAAAUUUUGACGUGACUGUUUGCUCAUACAGUCCAAAUCUAAAUUGAGAAGUAUACUUGCAGUAAUAUCAAAAUCUUGAUAGAUUUACUGAACAGGAUUAUGUAGCUCAGGAAACUCAUGGUAUGUUGUUGUUGUUGUUGUUUUUUCAACAGACUAAAUAUUAAGGUUUGCAGAAAAACACAUUCUUAAAUUGAACGCUAAAUGUCGCAACAAAUGCACGUUUAUAGACUUACUCUUCUUACUCACUAUGGAAUUACAACGAUUAUAGUGUGUGCUUAAAAUUCAAAAUGAUGUGGACAUUUUUGAAACAGAACGAAACAUUUUAUGAUAUCAAUCAUCAUAUGUUUACCUUUGAAAAUACUGCCUAGGACUAACUCAGUCAAACUGAUUUUAUUUUUUAUUCAUAACGUAUUAAUGGAAGAAAAGUUAACAUUUCGAAACAAAAAUGGCAUACAUAUGGGCAAUGACACUUCAAAGUUUUAUACCACAUUUAAAGUCUUCAGAAUGUCGAUGUUGAAAUUUUUGUACUAUGCCUUAAAAUUAUAUGUUCUCUCUUUUUGUGAUACGACCUUAUUCAUUUGUUUUGAAUUAAAGCUUAUGCACAAAUA